AUGCGGAAGGAAUGCGGUCAAUUGGCCGCUGUACCUCGCCGAAAGCAGCCAAUGCAGCGGCCGAAGGAGAUAACGGCUGAUAACUAUUCACCGCUCACGUCAUUCUGCAAACACGUAAACAACUACUUACGGCCACCGCUCACUCGAGUGUUUUCAAAGAACAGUGACAAAGAAACGUCGAGAAAACUGUUCCCGCCCGUUGAGAUGCAUAAUGCCACAGGCGCUCCCAUCAAUCCAAUGCAAAUGUUGCCCUCGCGGGCUGGGUUUAGCAUAAAGACACGACAAAGGCUGGCGCGCCUCAGGCAGCUCAAGGGAGGUGCCGCCCGUGCUGUCCGGUGCAAUGCAUUCCGUGAAGAGAGGGGCGGGCGGGGAGGGGUGCACGGGGCGCUAUCUAUCUCGCGGAGAGCAGAU